AUGACUUAUCAAAUGCAAGCAUUCCCUGGUAUAAACUUGCUUGGCAAGCCCGAGAAAAAUGGAAUUUAUGAUCGACAGGAGAUAAUAACACUUAUAACACAAUACUACGACCUUCUCGCCAAAAUACGUUACUUUGCCGCCUCCUACAUCAAAUAUGCGCCCCACGAUCAUCCCAUCGACGUAGAACUCGCAAAGUCCUAUGAUCUUGAACUUCUUCAAGCCCUACCAUAUAUAGAAGGGUAUCGUAAUGAAGACGAGUUUGUCCUUGGCGGAGGUUUUGCUGAUAUGAGGAAUCUGGAAGUGUUAAUGCAGAGCCGAGAUCUGGGAUUUGCUUCUCCUGAAGGCGGAUUUGAUGAUGAAAACGGGGAGUAUAUGAGACCUUGGGAAUUCUGUAUCAAUGAAUGUGGAAAUCAUGGAACGAUGAUGUUUCUUGGCACGAGAAAUGGCCAUAUAACAAUGGAGGGUCAAGAUUCCGGUCGUAGCGAAGAUCCCGGCGUAUAUAACUACCCUGGGGGUCUCCAAAGUCGUAAUCGCAAUUCCCAUGACCAUCUUCCCAGCCGUAACGCUAAAGAAGUCUUCGAAUAUUUCACCAACAGACUUUUAAAACUUGAAUGGAUUCCAAGCUCUGAAGACCGUAGAAUGUUAUAA